UAAUUGCUUACUUAUGAAUUUGUUGUUAUUCGAAAUAAGUUGAUUAUAAGGUUAAACAAACAUCUAAUGUUAAUUGAAAAUAAUUUAGUUCUUAAUCGUUGCAGAAUUCUUACUGUAAUUUUUGUUUAAAAAAGGAUUCAGUAUAGUGUAUAUUUCUAGAGUAGUAAAUACACGUUUAUAGUUAACCUGUAUUAUUAUCACAAAUGUUGAAAUAUAUUUUUAUGCAAGAAUUAUUUUAAUGAACAACUAUUAAUUAAUAUUAUGGCGUCAGGUUUAGAAAGUUACGUGAAUCAUACAGUUUCUAUUAUCACUUCUGAUGGCAGAAAUUUUAUCGGUACGUUGAAAGGCUUUGAUCAAACCAUUAAUAUAAUAUUGGAUGAAUCACAUGAGCGUGUUUAUAGCACAACGCAAGGUGUAGAACAAGUUGUAUUAGGUUUACAUAUCAUUAGAGGUGAUAACGUGGCAAUUGUAGGAGAGUUGGAUGAUGAGAUGGAUGCACGUUUGGAUCUAUCAGCCAUAAGAGCUGAUCCUCUAAGUUCUAUUGUACAUUAAUGAAAAAUGUUUUAAAUUAUAAUUAUUAUUGCUUGACAAUAAUAAUAAUAAUAAUAAUAAUAAUUUAAUAAGAAUAUGUAACAAUGAGUUACAGUUGAAUCAAAGUACAACUUCUUAUAGAGCUUAAUUAUUAUAUAAAUUUGUCAUUUUUAUAUCCAUAUUUAAAAGAUUUGUGUUUUAAAAAGUGCAUUAAAGAAAUAGUGCAUUAUUUACAUUGAACAAUACAAAAUCAUCUUAGAAUUAAUGAUAGUACUAUACAGAAGUUUUACUAUAUAAUAGUAAACUUUGUUUCUCGUGAAUGUAGUUUUAUUUUUUAGCAUCAUAAGAAUAAAAAAAAUAUUUAUAGAUUAACACUGGAUAAUGACUAAACAAUCUUUAAAUUUAAGUGUACAAUCCAUUUCUAAUAUUAUUUUUUAAAGAGGAAGUAUUCUUAAUAGGUAAGUAUAUUUAAUAUCGAUGUGGAACAAUGGGUUAUACCAUGAAACUAAUAACUGUACUUACUAGAUGAAAAUUUGCUUAAUAAUGUAAAACUUAAAUUAAAUUAUUCACAUCAAUUUAAAUAUUUUGUAGUUGCAACGUUUACCAAUUUUCAAAUGGAAGAUUUUAUACAUAUAUUCACCUAUACCUCUCAAAUUCUAAUGCAAGUAAAAAAGUAUUUUCAUAUACAAUUAUUUUCAAAGUUCUUAUAAAUACAGUAACUUUACAAAAUAUUGCAUUUUCAUAUUAAAUUAUGUACCAUAAUUUCAUUGGUGUUUUAGUUUUCAGUAAUAGGCCUUAAGCCAUUUAAUAGUUGACCAAGUUAUAUUGUUCCUUAUAUCGUUUCAACAUAAUUUAAUAAAAUUCAUGUCUGUUCUGAAAGCCAAAACUACCGCGUACACAUGAAUCAUAUACAUAUAUAUUUGUGUCACGUAUUAUACAUGGAAGACAUAAAAAAAGAUAUAAAUCAAUCCGUAUAAUUAAUGAUUUUCAUUUGUCGCAUUUUAUGUAUUAAAUGUCUUUUCAAAUGAAUGAAUUCAAUAUAUACAGAUACGUAUUCUCGCCGAAAAUUUCUGUAACUAUUAUUCUAUAGAGUAAUAAAUGUCAUUUUGUAUAUUCCUCAUGUAGAAUAUCCUUUAUAUUUUUAAAUAAAAUAUAGAACGUCGCGUGA